AGGAGCGCUCGCAGGAUCUGGUGGUGCGGCCCGGGCCCGCCGAGCCCCGCGACACCUCAGCGCUGCUCCGGGUGAUUCUGAUCGCGGGGUUGUUGGUGCUGUCGGGGAUGUUCAGCGGGCUCAAUUUGGGGUUGAUGGCGUUGGAUCCCAUGGAGCUGCGCAUCGUGCAGAACUGCGGGACGGACAAGGAGAAGCGCUACGCCCGCAGGAUCGAGCCCAUCCGGAGGAAAGGGAAUUACCUGCUGUGCUCGCUGCUGCUGGGCAAUGUGCUGGUCAACACCACCCUCACCAUCCUGCUGGACGAUCUCAUCGGCUCCGGCAUCGGCGCCGUGGUGGCUUCCACCAUCGGCAUCGUCAUCUUCGGGGAGAUCGUGCCGCAGGCGCUCUGCUCCCGGCACGGGCUGGCCGUGGGCGCCAACACCAUCGUGGUCACCAAGUUCUUCAUGCUGGUGACGUUCCCGCUGUCCUUCCCCAUCAGCAAGCUGCUGGAUUGUGUCCUGGGCCAGGAGAUCGGCACCGUCUACAACCGGGAGAAGCUGGUGGAGAUGCUGAAGGUGACGGAGCCCUACAACGAUCUGGUGAGGGAGGAGCUGAACAUGAUCCAGGGAGCGCUGGAGCUGCGCACCAAGACGGUGGAGGACGUGAUGACCCCGCUGCAGAACUGCUUCAUGAUCAACAGCGACGCCAUCCUGGACUUCAACACCAUGUCCGAGAUCAUGGAGAGCGGCUACACCCGCAUCCCGGUCUACGAGGACGAGAGGUCCAACAUCAUGGACAUCCUCUACGUCAAGGACCUGGCUUUUGUGGAUCCUGAUGAUUGCACGCCCCUCAAGACCAUCACCAAGUUCUACAACCACCCCGUGCACGUGGUCUUCCACGACACCAAGCUGGACGCCAUGCUGGAGGAGUUCAAAAAGGGGAAGUCCCACCUGGCCAUCGUGCAGAAGGUGAACAACGAGGGCGAGGGCGACCCCUUCUACGAGGUGCUGGGGCUGGUGACCCUGGAGGACGUCAUCGAGGAGAUCAUCAAGUCCGAGAUCCUGGACGAAUCCGACACCUACAUCGACAACCGCAGCAGGAAGAGGGUGUGCAACCAGAAGAACCGGCGCGACUUCUCGGCCUUCAAGGACCCCGACAACGAGCUGAAGGUCAAGGUGUCACCUCAGCUCCUGCUGGCCGCCCACCGCUUCCUGUCCACCGAGGUGACGCUCUUCACCCCCAACUUCAUCUCGGAGAAGAUCCUGCUGCGGCUCCUGAAAUACUCCGACGUCAUCCAGGAGCUGAAGUUCGACGAGGAGAACAAGAAAUCGCCGCGGCACUUCCUGUACUGCAAGAACAAACCGGCCGACUACUUCAUCCUCAUCCUGCAGGGCAAGGUGGAGGUGGAGGCUGGCAAGGAGUGCAUGAAGUUCGAGGCGGGAGCGUUCUCCUACUACGGGGUGAUGGCUCUGAGCCCCCCGCCGGGAUCCGAGAUCCGUUCCCCGUCCCACGCCAGCGGCCUGAACCGCUCGGCGUCCCUGAGCUACCCCGAGCGCUCGGAUUCGGGAUCGUCGCCGCUCGGCGGCAGCAACAACGCGCUGAGCGGCGGCGGCGGCGCGCAGUACGUGGCCGAUUUCAGCGUCCGCGCCCUCAGCGACCUCCAGUUCGUCAAGAUCACGCGUCAGGAGUACCAGAACGGGCUGCUGGCCUCGCGCAUGGACAGCUGUCCCCAGUCCCCCGACAGCGCCGCCCCCAAAGCGGAGCCGGGGAUCCCGGAGCGGCCGGAGCCGCCGGCGCCGGCGGACGAAACCACCAGUUUGCUCAACGAGAGGAACUGCCUGAGCCGCCGGAGCAACCACAGCGGCCUGGAGAAUUCCAUCUGAGCCCGGAGAGCCGCGAGGGAGCGG